UAAUGAAAAAAGUGCACCAGGACUCUUGAUAAGACACUGUUUGGGGUUAAAACAACAGCCAGUCUCAUGUUUUCUCCUGACCAAGAGAACCACCCCGCUAAAGCACCUGUGAAGUACGGGGAACUCAUUGUAUUAGGAUACAAUGGUUCUCUGCCAAAUGGAGACAGAGGAAGAAGGAAAAGCAGGUUUGCUUUAUUGAAAAGACUGAAAGCAAAUGGGGUGAAGCCAAGUACUGUUCAUAUUGCCUGUACCCCACAGGCAGCAAAGGCAAUAAGUAACAAGGACCAACACAGCAUAUCCUAUACUCUGUCACGGGCACAAACUGUGGUGGUAGAAUAUACUCAUGACAGCAACACAGAUAUGUUUCAGAUUGGCCGAUCUACAGAAAGCCCUAUUGAUUUUGUGGUGACCGACACAGUUCCAGGAAGCCAGAGCAACACGGACACACAGUCUGUACAAAGCACCAUUUCGAGGUUCGCCUGCAGAAUCAUAUGUGAAAGGAACCCGCCGUUUACAGCAAGGAUAUAUGCUGCGGGUUUUGACUCUUCCAAAAAUAUUUUUCUUGGGGAAAAAGCUGCCAAAUGGAAGACGAUAGAUGGGCAGAUGGAUGGGCUAACGACAAAUGGAGUUCUGGUUAUGCAUCCACGCAACGGAUUCACUGAAGACUCCAAGCCAGGGGUGUGGAGAGAGAUAUCUGUGUGUGGGAAUGUGUUUAGCUUAAGAGAAACCCGGUCAGCUCAGCAAAGAGGGAAGAUGGUGGAAAAUGAAAGCAACGAGCUUCAAGAUGGUUCUUUGAUAGAUCUCUGUGGCGCAACUUUGCUUUGGCGCACUGCUGAGGGGCUUUCCCGCACUCCAACUGUGAAGCACUUGGAAGCACUAAGACAGGAAAUCAAUGCAGCAAGACCUCAGUGUCCUGUAGGUUUUAACACUCUAGCUUUUCCCAGCAUGAAAAGAAAGGAUGUUGUUGAUGAAAAACAGCCCUGGGUUUAUCUGAACUGCGGUCAUGUCCAUGGCUACCAUAACUGGGGAAACAAAGAAGAGCGUGAUGGAAAGGACAGAGAGUGUCCUAUGUGUCGUUCUGUGGGACCUUACGUUCCACUGUGGCUUGGAUGUGAAGCUGGAUUUUAUGUUGAUGCAGGCCCUCCAACUCAUGCCUUUAGCCCUUGUGGACAUGUGUGCUCUGAAAAGACAACUUCCUAUUGGUCACAAAUUCCACUCCCUCAUGGUACUCACACCUUCCACGCAGCCUGCCCCUUUUGUGCACACCAGCUUGCAGGAGAGCAAGGCUACAUAAGACUCAUUUUCCAAGGACCUCUAGAUUAGUGAAACCUUAUGGACUCUACUAAACCGAUAAGCUAAGCAACCUUCGUUUUGCUUCUCAACUGUCUUUUUCAAGUCACCUGAACCGUGGCAAGUUUGUGUUAAAAAGCAGAUACUAAUGCAUAUUACUAGGUGUGUGGCAAAAGCAAGGACAAGAUAGUUUUGGAUUAUUUUUUUUUUUUAAUUAUUUGCAAAUGGACAUUCAAAACAAGAUUAUAUGGCUUUGAUUUUAAUUAACUCAUAUUUCUGAUCCACCUUAGUAUUAAAUUAUUCUGUGAAACUGGGGAGAAUACAAUCAAAUCAAACUACAUUAGUUUACAGUUUAACACACAUUGUAAAAUAUAAUGUUAUUUUUAUCUUUACUACGAAAAAUGCCCAAAAAUGCUUCAUUAGUAGGACAUAGUGAUCCUGUGUUUUGGUUGCUUAAGGUAACCCAAGGUGACAAACACAAUAAGAAAAUGCUAACAAAAGAAAUUUGCUAAUGUUUUGGAGUUUUCACAAUAUAGGAAUGAAGUUGUCAUAUGCUAAAUAUGAUAUGAAAGAAUUUUUGAAAGUGGUCCCAAAACAAAGAUAUUCUGUGCAGUUUGUUGUAAGAGUUUAUUAUGCAAGUUUAUUUAGCAUUUGUUUCCAUUGAUUUUUAAAUUAAUAUUGGACUUUUUUGCAACAUUUCAGGGUUUUAUUUAUCUUGAAGAUAAAUUUCAUUUUCAUUUUUAUCUUUACAGAUAGUUUGUUAAACUGUGUAUUUAUCCUGGAAUUUUUUAAUUUUUUUUAAUGUGGGGUCGGUUUGUUUGUUUUUUUAACAUGAGCGGGCAAGGUUCAAACAUCUUUGUAUAGUUUUAACCUUCUUAUGAGGCAUUAAACAUUUUUUGCAUCUUCAA